AUGAACCAAGACACAAAUGAACCUCUUCAAUCACUCCCUUUUAAUUCUACCUUAAAAGUUGCAGAGACAAUAAAUAUGGAGGAAAACAUGGAGGAAGAGGAGCUUCCAGAUAAUUGGGGAGGAAUGCUCCAUUUGCCAAAGUCCACAUUUUGCAUUGUCUCAAAUAACAUAUCAAUGAUUUUAAUACGAAAAUCAUAUUUGCAAAUGAUUGAACAACUUGAAAAGGAUGCCAAAAAUGGUUGUGCAAUAGUAGGCACACCUGGCAUAGGCAAAACUUUCUUUGGUCUAUAUUUUCUUUUCUAUAUUACCUGCCGUUACCCUGAUUCUAAAAUUAUUUGGGAGACUAUUGACAGCAUGUGGUAUGUGUUUUUUCCAGAUUUACAUGUGGAAAGUGGAAUUCAGAGAAUAGGUUCUUGUUUUUACGACACAUUAUUUGAUGAGAAGGCUUUCUAUCUUGUUGACUCAAUAGUUCCCGUGAAUAAUGUUAUUGCAUAUACACUUUUAUUCUCAUCACCAAGGCAGGAAAGAUGGAAUGAAUUCAUUAAACAAGAAGAUGUCACUCUUUAUUAUUCACCAAUUUGGACACCAGAUGAAAUCUGGAUACUAUGGAGAGAACAAUGGAAAGAGAAAAUGACAGCUGAUCGUGUUCAGGAAUUGAUGGACCGGUGGGGUCCAAUACCACGAACAAUUUUUGAUAAAAGAGAUAAUGAACCAAACUUUGAGGACUAA